AGCGCACAGCGCCCGGCGGGUCCCCAGGGCCACCUUCCCCGUGGCAGCGAUCCCGCGCUGCCGACGGAGAAGGCCCUGGCGGUGGGGCUGGGACCAUGGAGAACUUCACGGCUGUCAGUGCCCGGAACUCGUGCACCUUCCACGAGGAGUUCAAGCAGGUCCUGCUGCCCCUGGUCUACUCGGCGGUGUUCGUGAUCGGGCUGCCCCUCAACGCCGUCGUCAUCGGGCAGAUCUGGCUGUCCCGCAAGGUGCUCACCCGCACCAUGAUCUACAUGCUGAACCUGGCCAUGGCCGACCUGCUCUACGUGUGCUCCCUGCCGCUCCUCAUCUACAACUACACCCAGAAGGACUACUGGCCCUUCGGGGAUUUCACCUGCAAAUUCGUCCGCUUCCAGUUCUACACCAACCUCCACAGCAGCAUCCUCUUCCUCACCUGCAUCAGCGUCCAGCGGUACCUGGGCAUCUGCCACCCCUUGGCCCCCUGGCACAAGAAGAAGGGCAAGAAGCUCACGUGGCUGGUGUGCGUGGUGGUGUGGCUCCUGGUCAUCGCCCAGUGCUUGCCCACCUUCGUCUUCGCCUCCACGGGCACGCAGAGGAACCGCACCGUGUGCUACGACCUCAGCCCCCCCGACCGCUCCGCCAGCUACUUCCCCUACGGCAUCACGCUGACCGUCACCGGCUUUCUGCUCCCCUUCGUGGCCAUCCUGGCCUGCUACUGCAGCAUGACCAGGAUCCUGUGCCAGAAGGACGAGCUCAUCAGCUUGGCCGUGCGCAAGAAGAAGGACAAGGCCAUCCGCAUGAUCGUCAUCGUGGUCAUCGUCUUCUCCGUCAGCUUCUUCCCCUUCCACCUCACCAAGACCAUCUACCUGAUCGUCCGCUCCUCGCCCGGCCUGCCCUGCCCGGCCCUGCAGGCCUUCGCCAUCACCUACAAGUGCACGCGGCCCUUCGCCAGCAUGAACAGCGUCCUGGACCCCAUCCUCUUCUACUUCACCCAGCGCAAGUUUCGGGAGAGCACCCGCUACCUCCUCGAGAAGGUGAGCUCCAAGUGGCGGCACGACCACUGCGUGAACUACGGCUCGUAGCCGGGGAAGGAGCCGGCCCGGCAAAGGCAGCGCCGGGGCCGGAGACGGAGCAAUUUUGGCUUUGAGCCACCACCGACGGAGCUGAGGUGGCAUCAGCUGGAGGCCGGGGUGGUGGGCCUCCAUCCAGGGCGAGGAGGAUGACAUCUCUCGAGCUUUCAGCACUUGCUGUUGUCCCCUCUGCCUCGGUUUCCCCAUCCGCCGUGAAGAACUGGGCGCUGUAAAUAGCCGGCGAAGCAAACGGGGGGCACGGGAGCCCCGGGGAGGGCUCGUCCGUGCGUCUGCCAAUGCCACCGGCGGGAUGGAGGACGGGCCGGGGUGAGCCCGGCGCGGGGCAGUCCCCGCUCACGGACCUUUAGGCUCGAUACAUUUUGCCGCAGAAACAGUUUUCCAUCACCGGAGAUGCGGGCAGCGCCGCAUCCCGGCUGGGCUGAGCCUCGGGGACGGACGGACGGACGGUCUUGGCCGUCUCCCGGGACCCGCGGGGCUGCGGCGGGCGUGCCGCGAGCGCUGUCACCUGCCCGGGCCGUUCGCGGGAGUUAAUAUUCUUGAAAAUGUCUCUGAUCGUAUUAAAAUGAAGGAAAGGAUCGUGUUUUAUAUGGGUGAAACCCGCCCGCCUUGGACCAUAUAUUCCAUGUAUAUAAUAAACCUCCCCCCUUCCAAAUA